UUUGCGUGAGUUUGUUCUGUCAAUAGUUAACUUUCUUAUCUUUGAUUCAAUGUCAUCAAUCCUUAUCUGUGUGUGUGGGCUAGCUGCAUCGCAUUCGGUUCCUGACUAAGCACAAUUAACCGAUUGGUAACUGUUAGGUCUAACUUCAAGAUGGCUGAGCUUUCAACUGUAGGGGACGUUGGAGUUGUGAGAGUGAAAUAUCCACCUGUGAAUGCUCUAGGAUUUCCCGUCAGAAAGGGCAUCUGGGACUGUAUCCAGAGAGCAAGUCGUAACUCGUCCAUCCGAUGCAUCGUUCUGUGUGGUGACGGUCGGACAUUCCCAGCUGGAGCUGAUAUUUCAGAGUUUGGCACUAAUAAAGCUGGAAUGGGACCCUCCUUGGUUGAUGUGAUCCAUGCCAUCGAAGCCACAGACAAACCGGUCGUGGCAGCCAUCCAUGGAACGGCACUCGGAGGAGGACUAGAGUUAGCCCUGGGAUGUCACUAUCGUAUCAUCAGGAAGGAUGGAAGAGUUGGCUUUCCCGAGGUGACUCUGGGUAUCCUACCAGGGGGAACAGGAACCCAACGAUUGCCUCGAGUGACAGGGAUAGCCGACGCCCUGGAGAUAAUCACGUCAGGCAAACCACUGUCUGCCAGGGCCGCCCUCGCUAAAGGAAUUGUUGAUCAGGUUGUGGAGGGUGACAUUGUCAAGCAAGGAAUCGCUUUCGCUAAGUCUGUUGCCGGUAAGCCUGUCGCUCCAAGACGCAUCAGUCAGAUGAAAGUCAACGCCCCGGCAAAUGUGCGACAAAUCUUUGACGAGAUGCGUGCCAAGUUGAUCAAGUCAUCGCGUGGUGCCAUCGCACCCCUGACCUGCUUACAGUCUGUGGAGGCGGCAGUCACUAGUCCUACCUAUGCCCAGGGUCUGCGAAAAGAGAGUGAGUUGAUGAUGAUGUUAAUGACAUCAGGACAAGCUAGAGCACAGCAGUAUGCAUUCUUUGCUGAACGUGCGGUUACUAAGUGGGAGGUACCAAGUCGCGGUGUCGGCUUCAAAACGGCCAAGCCUCUCGCCAUUAAGUCAGCCGCAGUGAUUGGUGCGGGAACCAUGGGAGCAGGUAUCGCUAUGUCUCUCCUAUCAGCCGGUAUCCCAACAUUCAUGAUUGAACGGAAUGAUGAGUUUCUGCAACGUGGUGUAGACACGGUAAAAAGCUUCCUGGGUUACUACGUAGUAAAGGGUCGAAUGGGCGCCCCCCAGGCUAAGAAGCUCCAGGCCCUCUUGAAACCGACGCUGAGCUACGGAGACCUGAAAGACGUAGACAUCGUCAUCGAGGCAGUCUUUGAGAACAUGAAGAUCAAACAGGAAGUGUUUGGCAAGCUAGACGCUGUCUGUAAGCCCUCCGCCAUCUUGGCCAGCAAUACGUCGGGACUGGAUAUCGAUCAGAUGGCAUCUGCAACAAAACGGCCUGAGAACGUGAUCGGCAUGCACUUCUUCGCCCCCGCUCACAUCAUGAGACUCGUAGAGAACAUCUACGGCAAAAAGACGUCGGCUGUUGCCAUGGCAACCGUCAUGGAUCUGACCAAGAAAAUGGGCAAGGUCGGAGUGCUUGUGGGGAACUGCUCUGGUUUUGUAGGCAACCGGAUGCUUGGUGCAUACGCUACAGAAGCUUCGUUUUUGCUAGAGGAAGGCUGCCUACCCCAUGAAGUGGACCAGGCACUGCGAGACUUUGGACUGCCCAUGGGCAUGUUCCAAAUGUCGGACCUAUCUGGUUUGGAUAUUGGUUACAAGGGACGCACAGAGCGUGGCCUGAUUGACACCGACGGCAGUAAGCCGGCCCGAUACCGAAACGGCCAGCGCUACAGCCCACUGGCAGAUAUGCUGGUUGAGAAAGGACGACUGGGACAAAAAACAGGCAAGGGCUUUUAUAACUACGGCAAGCCAGGCGGCCGAAUGCCACAAAGAGAUCCAGAAGUAGAACAACUCAUCCUGGACUUCUCUGAGAAACAUGGCAUCAAGCGCAGACAGAUUUAUGCUGAGGAAAUUAUCGAGCGAUGUCUGUACCCACUCAUCAAUGAGGGCUUUAGAAUCCUGCAGGAAGAAAUCGCCAGGACAAUGGAAGAAAUUGACAUCACAUGGUUGUACGGCUAUGGCUGGCCACGGCACACAGGCGGACCCAUGUUCUAUGCCAAACAGGUUGGACUUCAGCGAGUGUACGAGCGGAUCCUGCACUACCAGAAACAAUUCCCUUACAGUACACACUGGUACCCGGCCGACCUACUUCAGAAGAUGGCAUCCCAACCGGCCCACAAGCUGUAGAAGUCGUUUGUCUGAAGCUUCGCCCAAACUGAACCACUUUUGAAAUGUAGACCAAUUAACAAAUUAUAAUAUUCAAAGUGUACUUAAUUUAACUACUGUUUCAAUAGUCACAGACAGUCAAAAAUUCUAUUCACUUCCCCUCAUGCUGUUUACACGUCUAGUCACCAACAGUCGGAUUAAACUUUAAGCAAGCACUCUGACCAGUCAAAUUCAGUCAAAAUACAAAAGCAGGCAAUUGGUUGACACAGGUGUCUUAUCAAUCACCUACAGUCAAAGCAUAGCUGUAUCAAGCUACACAAACAGUCCCAGCCAGUCAAUCCUGCUUUACGUAUAGGCAGGGAGCACUUGAUUGAUUUUGAUUGAAAGGACAACUUUGCCCAGAAUGCAUGUUUGCAAAGGAGGUUAAUUAGAAUUGUUGAGAUAACGGAACAAUUAUAGGAAGUGUGCCUAACCGGAGCUGCAAGUCUCCGAGGAUAGAGCUAGCGAUUGACAUUGGGGAUAUAUCCAUUCCAAUGUCGGCUCCUAAUUACUGUCUUUGAAACAAUCGGUGCUUUUGUAUUUUGUAGUUGCAUCAAUAUGAAAUUAUCUUAAGGCAAUUGUAUUUGACUCAAAGUUGCAACCGAUAAUAAAGACAUUGCAUUAUUUUCAUAAACUAAUAUCGAGCAGGAAUCGCUAUAGAUUGGUUUUUCAUGUUGUCGUUAGCUGCUAUAUGUUUUAAUACUUUAAUGACAGUUUACUAUAAUACUAGUGUCACGUUUUGGAAAGUAAUACUAAGCCCGAGUAACGCUUAAAAGAAAAACCAUGGAGGCGUCGUGUACGAAACAAAUCACAAAAUCAUCACAACUUUAUUAGUUGCCACACGAUUUUAUUUUCAAUUUCGCUUAUCA